GGUGGCCAUGUAACGCGGCGCGGAAAGUUGGCGCUCGGAGCACCAUGAAGCAGCGCCGCUCGUAGCGGGGCCCCGUUCGSAGCGGAGCGGCGUCCGGCGCGCAGCCCUGCAGGGAUGGAGUCGGUGAAACAAAGGAUUUUGACCCCCGGCAAGGAGGGGCUGAGGAAUUUUGCUGGGAAAUCGCUCGGCCAACUCUACAGGGUCUUGGAGAAGAGGCAGAAGGCCGGGGACACCAUCGAGCUCACGGAGGAUGGCAAGCCCGUGGAGGUGGCCCCCAAGAAGGCGCCGCUGUGCGACUGCACGUGCUUCGGGCUGCCGCGCCGCUACAUCAUCGCCAUCAUGAGCGGCCUCGGCUUCUGCAUCUCCUUCGGCAUCCGCUGCAACCUGGGGGUGGCCAUCGUGGACAUGGUCAACAACAGCACCAUCCACCGCGGCGGCAAGGUCAUCAAGGAGAAAGCGAAGUUCAACUGGGACCCCGAAACGGUCGGCAUGAUCCACGGCUCCUUCUUCUGGGGCUACAUCAUCACGCAGAUCCCCGGCGGCUACAUCUCGUCGCGGCUGGCGGCCAACAGAGUGUUUGGUGCUGCUAUACUGCUGACGUCCUCYCUCAAUAUGUUGAUACCAUCUGCGGCCAGGGUGCACUACGGAUGCGUCAUCUUCGUGAGGAUCUUGCAGGGCCUCGUAGAGGGGGUCACCUACCCUGCCUGCCACGGCAUCUGGAGCAAGUGGGCCCCUCCGCUGGAGAGGAGCAGGUUGGCGACCACCUCCUUUUGCGGUUCCUACGCGGGCGCCGUCAUCGCCAUGCCGCUGGCAGGGAUCCUGGUGCAGUACACGGGCUGGUCGUCGGUCUUCUACGUGUACGGGAGCUUCGGGAUAGUCUGGUACAUGUUCUGGCUUUUGGUCUCCUACGAGAGCCCCGCGUCGCAUCCUACCAUCACAGACGAAGAAAGGAGAUAUAUAGAAGAAAGCAUUGGAGAGAGUGCCAACCUCCUAGGUGCAAUGGAGAAAUACAAGACUCCAUGGAGGAAAUUUUUUACAUCUAUGCCAGUCUAUGCAAUAAUUGUUGCAAACUUCUGUCGGAGCUGGACUUUUUACCUGUUACUCAUCAGCCAGCCGGCGUACUUUGAGGAAGUGUUCGGGUUUGAAAUCAGCAAGGUGGGUAUCUUAUCUGCUGUGCCACAUUUAGUGAUGACAAUUAUUGUGCCUAUCGGGGGACAAAUUGCUGACUUUUUAAGAAGCAAACAGAUUCUUUCCACCACUACCGUGAGGAAGAUCAUGAACUGUGGAGGUUUUGGUAUGGAAGCAACUCUCCUUCUGGURGUGGGAUAUUCUCAUAGUAAAGGAGUGGCUAUUUCAUUCUUAGUGCUUGCUGUAGGCUUUAGUGGAUUCGCCAUAUCUGGAUUCAAUGUCAACCACUUAGACAUUGCCCCAAGGUACGCCAGCAUCUUAAUGGGGAUUUCUAAUGGAGUCGGGACCUUGUCUGGAAUGGUUUGCCCUAUAAUUGUUGGAGCAAUGACAAAGAACAAGACCCGUGAAGAGUGGCAGUACGUCUUCCUCAUUGCUGCUUUGGUUCAUUACGGAGGCGUGAUCUUCUACGGGAUAUUUGCUUCGGGAGAGAAGCAGCCCUGGGCAGACCCCGAGCAGACGAGCGAGGAGAAAUGUGGCUUCAUUCACGAGGAUGAACUCGAUGAAGAGACAGGGGACAUUACUCAGAAUUACGUUAAUUAUGGCACGGCCAAGUCCUACGGUGCUACAACCCAGGUCAACGGCGGCUGGCCUAACGGCUGGGAGAAGAAAGAGGAAUUUGUACAAGAGGAAGUACGAGACUCAUACAACUACAAGGAAGGAGAUUACUCCUAACAGACCUAAAUAUUGGGUAUCUUUUGUAGUGUUUGUGAUUAAAUUCAUUGUGGUUGUUUGCACACAGGAAUAAAAUGUGGUAUAAACAUGUAAACACAUAUCAGACAGGAAGGUCUUACUGUAAAAAARACAAAAUCCAUUCAAGUGCAAUCUGUAUGAGUUGUGACAUGUCAUCACAUUCAUUAGGUUAUAUUUGUUCUAUAAACAUUAGAGUUUUAAGGGUUUACUGGUCAAAACUAUAGAGGCAACUAGAUACUUACAGUAUAUAUGAGCUCAAACUCAUAACUAAGGAUUAAAGCACAACUAAGCAACUAAGUUGGCACAUCUAAUACUCUUUUUAGAAAGCCAAAUUACUUGAUCAUUGAAAAUGAAUGCACUUAUAUAUUUGUUACACUGUAUUGAAAGAGAUUGUGUUAAAUACACAUGUUUACUCAGUGCAAUGUAGGAAUUGUGUGUUUGGCCUCCGACGAGAGCUUUCUUAAAGCAGAAAGGUUGAGUCCUAGGCACUUAGGAGGGACUGAUCCAACUGCCUUAGCGGCGAUUGGAUCGAGCCUAAAAGAACAAAUAGGACAUAUUGUAUGUUUAUCGUGAUUACAUGCUGCAGGCUACUCUGUGAUGAAUAAAAGAAUUAUUUAGAAGUUUUAUAUUGAAUGUUUGGGCACAAACUCUUAUUUCUAUUCCUUACAGGAUCUUAUGAAAUCUAGGCAUUAUCAUGUUCUUCCCUGCGUUAACCAAGUAGUAUAAAAACAAUAUGUAAUGUUAAGUCUGACUUUUCACGCAGACUGUCAAAUCCCUUUGCCAAGAAAAAAGCUUUAUUCUUUUCUUUGCAGAAUAGUCCAGCUUUGUACUGGUAUCUUUAGAAAGAAAGAAAAAAUAUAACCUAGAAAAAGAUAUAGUCUUAUAGAAAAUUCCAAAGAAAAAAAGUUUACUACGAGCACAUAGCCCUAAGAAAAGGAUGUAUUUGUUUURCAGAAUAUUUUGAAGCCAAUAGACAGAGGAAUUUAACCCUUAUUCUUCCCUUAAUAGCGUUCAUAUUUUUACACAUUGUGCCACAGUUGUAUACAUAGAUAUAAGUUUAUUGAAGAGACUGUAAUUAUAGAAAACGUUGAUAUUUUAGAAAUCCCUGAAAUAAAUUUAUUUGUCUUUGGGAUUAAACCUAAUACUAAUGGACACUGAAUAUGAAUAACAUAGAAAUUCACAAUAAACCAAAGUGGCAAAAAACUAGUGUUGGGUUGAAAGAAGCCAACAAGCAUCGCGCUUGUCUUGUCAGCAGAACUCAACAGUGACUGCAACAUUAGUGUACCAAGCAAUAAGUGCAAUGCAUUAUGAAGUGCAUAACCUUCUAGUCUAUAUAUUAACCUUCAUUUAGCUUGUUGUAUAUACUUGGGGUUGCUGGGAUUAAGCCAAGCCAAACUGAAGUUAGCAACGCCAGACCACUUCUUAAUACUCUAAAACGAUGACAACAACAAUCCAUUUCUUAAUUCAAUCAAAUGAUUAUUAUUGUAUGUAAUAAUCCAUCCUGGAUUCUUGGUCUGUUCAUUG